CCUUUGCCCCACUGCCACAUAUAUAUCGCGUUUAGGGUUAUCAUUCUGUUUACUUGAGUACUGGGGCAGCGAGGGAGACAAGCGCCGCGGUUCCUACUUUCGUCGGCAAGAUGGCUCGUGGUCUGAAGAAGCACUUGAAGAGGCUCAAUGCUCCGAAGCAUUGGAUGCUGGAUAAGCUUGGUGGUGCUUUUGCGCCGAAACCAUCAUCUGGACCCCACAAGUCCAGGGAAUGCUUGCCUCUAAUUCUGAUUCUGCGUAAUAGGCUGAAAUAUGCCCUGGAUUACAGGGAAGUCAUUGCUAUUUUGAUGCAAAGGCAUGUUCUUGUUGACGGCAAGGUCAGGACUGAUAAGACUUAUCCUGCUGGUUUUAUGGAUGUUGUCUCUAUCCCCAAGACCAACGAAAAUUUCCGUCUCCUCUAUGACACCAAGGGUCGUUUUAGGCUCCACUCUAUCAGGGAUGAGGAAGCUAAGUUUAAGCUGUGCAAGGUCCGGUCAGUGCAGUUUGGGCAAAAAGGUAUCCCUUACCUUAACACAUAUGAUGGCAGGACCAUUCGCUAUCCUGAUCCUCUGAUCAAGGCAAACGACACCAUCAAAUUUGACCUAGAGAGUGGCAAAAUUGUUGACUUCAUAAAGUUUGAUGUGGGAAAUGUGGUUAUGGUGACUGGUGGUAGGAACAGGGGAAGGGUUGGAGUGAUCAAGAAUCGAGAGAAGCAUAAGGGAAGCUUUGAAACCAUUCACGUUCAGGAUGCUACUGGGCAUGAAUUUGCUACUCGAUUGGGGAAUGUGUUCAUAAUUGGCAAGGGUACAAAACCCUGGGUGUCCCUUCCAAAGGGCAAAGGUAUCAAGUUGUCCAUCAUUGAGGAGGCCAGGAAGAGGCUUUCCGCCCAGGCUUCCACUGCCUAGGCUAUUUGAAGUUUUGACGUUAUUAAAUUUUCUUGGGCACUUGAUUUAGUAUGUGUGGGGAUAGUAUAAUUUUAUGUUUGUAUGAGCUUUUGGUAUUACAUUGGAAUUUUAUAUUUAAAGAUGCAUGGCUUUGAUUGACAGAAUAAUAGUAGGAUGUUUUCUUACCUACCUGCUCCAACGGGAGUUUUUAGGUCACUCUCUAUGAAAUCUGUCAUAUGCGGGUAAGGUUACCUGCUCUCCACUCUCUAAGGAUGGUGGAUAGGGGAUUUUCCUUUGUAUUUUUAUUACCAUGAUUUAUUUUAUCUUAAAUAUGCAUACUCUUGA